ACUGCGGGGUAAAGAUGGCGGACUCUAUGUAAGGCGGUGUUAAGAAGCGGUGUUUUUUCACAACCUUCUUGAGGCAAUAUCGUUUUCCCCUUUAAUAACUGUGGAUGCUUAAUUACCACUGAAGAUUCUUCGUUAUUUAUUAUGUUGGGCUCGAUUGUUUAUUAAGAAAACGGAGCGCUGGUGUUGAAUCGUUUCCAGACUUCUCUUCCGUGGGCGCGAUGGCGGCUCUGGCAGCUAAACGAGAAGGACCUCAGUUCAUCAGCGAGGUGGCGGUGCGGGGCAAUGCCGCGGUGCUGGAGUACUGCAGGACCUCCGUGUCGGCGCUCUCGGGGGCCACCGCGGGCAUCCUGGGCCUGACGGGCUUGUACGGCUUCAUCUUUUACUUCCUCGCCUCCUUCCUCCUCUCCCUCCUCCUCAUUCUCAAGGCUGGUCGCAGGUGGAACAAGUAUUUCAAGUCGAGGAGGUUGCUCUUAACUGGAGGGCUGGUGGGAGGUCUCUUCACUUACGUUCUGUUUUGGACAUUUCUUUACGGCAUGGUGCAUGUGUACUAAUGUUCGUGAUUCACUUCCACAUACAGGCUUUGAUGAGAAAUCAAGGACACUUUUUAAGUUCGGGAUUUUAAUCAGUUUUUACAGCCUAUAUAUAGUGUAGGUUGGACUUAAUUUAUGUUAGAUAUUCUGUGUGAUUUCCACUAAUCAAAAUCAAACUUGAGCUACCCUUUUUUUUGCCCUUCUGUACUGAACUGAAAUGUGAAAUUACUGUAAGGAAUUCAACCCCAGUUUAAAUGGUUUAACACGGUUGUGUGGUGUGUGGUCUUUUAGUUUUGGAAACAUUAGUUCAGAUAAUUUAGAAAAAUAAAUAACUUAUCCACGUUA